AUGUCGGUGCACUACAAGUUCAAGAGUGGAAAAGAAGCUCACACCAUCACCUUUGAUAGCUUGCAUAUCUCUGUUGGAGAGCUGAAAAAAUGCAUCAUGCAACAAAGGAAAAUUGGCAAAAGUGCCGAGCUUGACUUGCAAGUGACCAAUGCUCAAACGAAAGAAGUUUACGAAUCAGAUUCUAUUUUAAUUCCUAAAAAUACCUCUGUGAUUGUUGCCCGUGUUCCUGUAGCCGCGGCGAAAAAGUCCUGGAACAAAAACGAUAAAUCAAAUGACAAUAACACGUUUUCUACUGACGAAAACACCAAGAUAAUCAAAAGUAACAACAACAACUUGACCGAGGGAACUGAAGAUGAUAAAAUUAAGGAAAUGCUGACUCAGUCUACCAAGGAUUACGAUCCAUCCAAAUACGCCCGAGGCAAAGGUCCUCAAGGACCUCUUCCACCGAAUUAUACUUGUUAUCGCUGUGGCAAACCUGGUCAUUACAUCAAACAUUGCCCGACAAAUAAUGUUGACGUAAAGCGAAGUACCGGCAUUCCUCGUAGUUUUAUGAUUCCUGCCAAGGCCGAUCAAAAGGGAGCAAUGAUAACUGCUAUAGGAGAGUAUGCCGUACCCAUCAUUGACCACGAUGCGUACAGAGAAGUAAAAAAGGAAAAACCGCCGUUUUUUCCUACUGAAAGCGAACCUGAAGCGCCAAAGAUGGAAAUUCCAGACGACCUUAAGUGUUCACUAUGCAACAACCUACUCCAGGAUGCCGUUUUAAUUCCUUGCUGCGGGAACAGCUUUUGCGAUGAAUGUAUUCGCUCACUACUUCUCGACUCGGACAACCACGAAUGCCCUUCCUGCAAGGAGACUGGCGUCUCGCCCGAUACUCUAAUUCCCAACCGAUUUCUUCGUCUCUCUGUAACAAAGCUUAAAAAUGAAACUCUCGCUGUUACUCAACUGGGCAUCGAUGACAAAAAGGUGAUUGAAGAGAUAGCCGAAGAUAAGUCGGAGGAUAAAGUGGAGGAUAAAGCGGAGGAUAAAGCCGAAGAAAAGGUUGAGGUAAAGGAUGAAGAAGCUGCAGACUCUUCCGAGAGUGCUGCCGAUGCGGAGGAUGGCCAGUCCAGCAGUAGUCCUGCACCUGCACCUGAAACCACGCCUGAACCAGUCCAUGAAAUGAAAGCUGAACCAGAGGAUGACCCCGAAACAAAACCUGAGCUUGAGUCAUCAGAAGGAGCUGCUGCUAACGGCAACACUUCCUCCAGUGAUGCAUCAUCCUCUUCAGCCAACAAAAGUCCGAGCCAUAACAGUCACGAAAAUGAGAAUGAAAAUAUAAAAAUACCUGCGGCUAUCUCAGUCUCCAACGGCCGAUAUGAUGGCAAUCGAGGAAGAUAUGGCGGCAAUUUGCGAAACAGAGGCUUUCCAGAGCAAAUUGUAAGCGCCGCGGCUGGAGGUGGAGGCUUUAACGGCGAGUGGAAUUUGAAGCCGAAUCUCAACGCCAAACUAGCUAGUCAAAACAUGCCUUACAACCUUUUCCAAAACCUAUCAUAUUCAAAUAUGGGCGAUGGUGGUGGUGGCGGCCACUUUGGACAACGAUCCUUUUCGCAGUCUCUCAAUCACCAUUCUGGCGUUAACCAGUUUUCUCUCAACGGAAACCCGUACAUGAAAUCUCCACUGUUGUCGAACGAUCAG